ACGAUUUAGUGCAUCGUACCGGAAAGAAGUGACAGUCUUUAACCUAACGUGAAAUACGAGAUUUGUACACUAUGAAAGAACCAGAAGUGGACCCGAAAAAUAUUAUAAAAAGCAGAGAACUCCUUUACAGGCUUAUGAUCAGCCAAUUAUUCUAUGAUGGACACCAGACAUUGGCGGUACAGCUGUCAAAUAUAAUUCAAGCAGAGCCUCCAUGCCCUCCAUCCGAUCGUUUACUUCAUUUAAUGUUGAUUGGUCUAGCUCAUGAACCUGAUCGUUCUAAAAAGGACACAAGUAACUUAUCUUCUUUCACAUCGACUUUUGAUAACACUUUGGGACCUGGUCUAGAUUUAGAAUUUGAAACAGAAGCUCAAACUCAAGCACCAGAACCUGCACAAUAUGAGACUGCCUAUGUAACUUCCCACAAAGGAAAUUGCAGAGCUGGAGCAUUUUCUGCAGAUGGUCAGUUAAUAGCAACUGGAUCAGUUGAUGCAUCAAUUAAAAUUUUAGAUGUGGAUAGAAUGCUAGCUAAAUCUGCACCAGAUGAGAUGGCACCUGGUGAUCAAACAGGUGGUCACCCAGUUAUAAGGACAUUGUAUGAUCAUUUAGAAGAAGUGACAUGUCUGGAAUUUCACCCAAGAGAGCCUAUUCUUGUAUCUGGGAGCAGAGACUUUUCUAUUAAGCUGUUUGAUUUCAGCAAAGCCAGUGUUAAAAAGGCAUUCAGAACUAUUACAGAUGCAGAUCAGAUACGAUGUUUAUCUUUUCAUCCUACUGGCGAUUUUUUAGUUGUUGGAACUAAUCAUCCAGUAGUCAGGUUAUACGAUGUUAAUACAGCACAGUGUUUUGUCUGUAGCAUACCAAGUCAUCAACAUACUGCUGGAAUAACUAGUAUUAAGUAUUCUCCUGAUGCAAAAACUUAUGCAUCAGCUGGUAAAGAUGGAAGUAUCAAAUUAUGGGAUGGUGUAUCAAAUCGAUGUAUAAAUACUUUUGUGAAAGCACAUGAUGGCUAUGAAGUAUGUUCAGUGACUUUUACAAGAAAUGGAAAGUAUUUACUGUCAUCAGGGAAAGAUUCUUUGAUAAAAUUAUGGGAACUGUCUACUAGCAGAUGUCUAAUAGCAUAUACAGGUGCUGGAACUACAGGCAAACAAGAACAUAAAGCUCAAGCUAUUUUUAAUCACACUGAAGACUAUGUAAUGUUUCCCGAUGAAGCGACAACAUCAUUAUGUGCAUGGAAUUCUCGAAAUGCAUCUAGGAAACAAUUACUAUCAUUAGGACAUAAUGGUCCAGUAAGACUGAUUGUCCAUUCUCCAACCGCUCCAGCAUUCUUAACAUGCAGUGAUGAUUUUAGAGCAAGAUUUUGGUUUAGAAGAAUGCCCACUCAUUAGAUUGGAAUUUAAAGAAUCAAUACCCAUCUUGAACAUAACAAAUUUAAGUUUGGUAACAUUUACUGUAGCUUCCGAUAUGAUUAGCAGAAUAAUAAUCGUUGAAACGUUGACAAAGAAGUAUCGGAUUGCGAAUGAUAUCCAAAAAAUUUUGUACAAACAAUCUUAAAUGAUCAAAUGAUUACUUGCUAUGCCC